AUGCCGAGGCGGGGGGGGCACCGGAGCUUGGAAAACGGCAGCGGCGCGGACGACAGGGCGGGGGAAGCGAGAGGGCGGGGGAGGACGUGGGUGGCAGGGGGGCGGGGGGGAGGGGGCGAGGGCGUGGGGGGGCGGGGUGCGGGGGCGGGGCGCGGCAGGAGGGUGCGGGGGGGGCGAGUGAGAGGGGAGGGCGGGGGGGGCGGGGGGCGGGAGUGGUCGGGGGGCGGAGCAGCAGGGGACGGGUGGGAGGGGUGGGGGGGCCUAGGCGGGCGCGAGGGGGGGGGCAUGGGUGGGGGGGGUUGGGGGGGGGUGGGAGGGGCCGGGCGAGCGGGGGGGGGCUCGGCCAGGGGGGCGGUGGGCGUCGGAGAGGGGUGGGCGGGGCCGGGAGGCGGAGGCCCGCAAACAGGCGGCAGGGAGCCACGCGGGGGCGUGGCACGGCGCUCGCGGGCGGGGACCCGCAGGUGGGGCGCCAGGGAGGAGGUGGUGCGGGGCGGGGCGGGCGCGUUGGAGCGUCUGUGGGGGAGGGGGGGGGGGGGGGGGGGGGCACGCGGGGCGGCGAUGGCGGGUGGCGGGGGGAGGGGGGGGGAGGGGGGGCGGGGGGGCGCGGGCGGGGGUGGGGGGGGGGCGGGGGGCGGGGGGCUGGGGAGGGGGGGGGCGGGGGGGAGCGUGGGUGGAGUGCAGGGGGGGGGGGGCAGGAACCAGAGGGGGGCGGGGGCGGGAGUGGAGCGGGGGGAGGUAGGCGGGGGGCGCGGCCCGGGCGGGAGGAUGCGGGGCGGGAGGCGGGGCGGGGGGGGGGGUGGGCCCGGGGGGGGACUGGGGGACAGGACGGGGGGGGGGCGGGGUCGGGGGCGGAGGGCCCGGAGGGAGUGGGGGGGGGGGGGAGGGGGCAAGCCGGGUGGGGGGCGGGCGGAGGGGUGCGGGUCUAGGGGGUCGCGAGGGGAGGGUGGAAGGGGCGGGGGGGUCGCGGUGGCAAGGGAGCGGGGGCGGGGGAUGCAGCGGUGGGGGGGGAGUGCCAGAGGAGGGGGCGGGGGGGGGAGGGGGGAGGGGGAUGUCCCAAACAUGGGGGAGCGCGAUGGGCAGGGAGGGGGGGGAAGGGGGGGGCGGAGCAGGGGGGGGGGGGUGGGGGAGGGGGGCGCGCCCCGCGGCGGGGGCGGGAAGGACGCGUAG